CUUGCAGCCAUGAUGACUCCCAUAGCCAAAUCUUUCUACGAUCUCAACGCCACCGACCUCCAAGGGGAGAAGGUGGAUUUCAACAACUUCAGAGGGAGGGUGGUCUUGAUAGAAAACGUGGCCUCCCUCUGAGGCACAACGGUGAGGGAUUACACCCAGAUGAACCAGCUGCAGAGCAAAUACCCUCGACGGUUGGUUGUGCUGGGUUUCCCUUGCAACCAGUUUGGCUACCAGGAGAACUGCACGAAUGAAGAGAUCCUCAACAGCCUGAAGUAUGUGCGGCCUGGGUCCGGAUUCGAACCCAACUUUACCCUUUGCCAGAAAUGCGAGGUGAACGGCAAGAACACCCACUCCGUCUUUGCCUACUUGAAGGACAAACUUCCUUACCCAGAUGACAACCCUUCCUGUUUCAUGAUGGAGCCUAAGUUCAUCAUUUGGAGCCCGGUGCACCGCCAUGACAUCUCCUGGAACUUUGAGAAGUUCCUGGUGGGGCCCGAAGGCGAGCCUUUCAAGCGCUACAGCCCCCGAUUCCUCACCACCAACAUCGAGCCUGACAUCCAGCGCCUCCUGAAGCUUGCCAAAUAAGAGAACAAGC